AAGUGGAAACACACCUCUGGCUCGCUCACUUCUUAGCACACACCAUUCCUAAAUCUCCGAUUCUCAAGCUCCUCAAAAACCCUAACUUUACACUGUAGCAAUGAGACACUCAUGGAGAGUUCUUCUCUACCGAAAGUAUCCGCUAUCAUCUCUCAAAAUUUCCAAUCAUUUCCAGGUACUACAGCAACACUCUCCUUCUCUACUUCGCUCACUGUCUCCUUCACUUCACACACUUGCACUACAAAACUCUCAUUUCUCUGAAACCCUACAAAAACCCAAUAUUUGUAACAAAACCCCAUUAUUUGCUCGUAAUUUCUCAUCUGAAGCAUCAUUAGUUGAGCACACAAAAGACCCGGAUCAUGUUUUGCUUGUUUGUGACGCUUUUACCAAGUUUGAUGAAUUUGAUGAUAUUAGUAAAGAAUUGGAAUUGAAUAGUGUUGUUAUUAGUCAUGACUUGGUUUUGAAAGUUUUGAAGUCAUUGGAAUCAAAACCGGAAGUGGCCAAGAGGUUUUUUGAUUGGGUUUUGGAGAAGGAUAGUGGGAGAUUGAGCUCUAAAAGUUAUAACUGGAUGUUAGGGAUUUUGGGGGUUAAUGGUUUGGUUGUGGAAUUUUGGGAUUUAGUUGACAAAAUGAAGAUAAAGGGUCAUGGCGUGUCAGGGGUCACGCGCGAUAGAGUGCAGGAGAAGUUUGAGAAAGAAGGGUUAAAUGAUGAUUUAGAGAAGUUAAAAGGGGUUUUUGCAAUGGGAUCAGUGGAUAACUCGGUGGAAAAGAUUGGUUUGAGAGUGAGUAGGAUUGUUAGGAAUAAGGUUUGGGGAGAGGAUGUUGAAGGGGAAAUUAAGCAUUUGUGUGUAGAGUUUUCGAGUGACUUAGUGAAGAUUGUGUUGGAGCAUUUAGUGAUGGAGCCAGUGAAAGCAUUGAUAUUUUUUAGGUGGGUUGAGGACAGUGAGUUGUGUAAGCAUGAUGGAAGGAGUUAUAAUGCAAUGGCUAGGGUUUUGGGGAGGGAGGAUUGCAUUGACAGGUUUUGGAAGGUAAUUGAUGAAAUGAGGAGUAAUGGGUUUGAAAUGGAGACGGGGACUUUUGAUACUGUUUUAGCACGGUUUAUGAGUAGGAAAAUGAUUAAGGAGGCCAUAGAUUUAUACGAGUUUGCAAUGACUGGUGCAAAUAAGCCUUCAGCUAAAUGUUGCACCUAUUUGUUGAGGAAAAUAGUAGUUGGUAAACAGUUGGAUAUGGGUUUGUUUUCAAGAGUUGUGGAAAUCUUUACUGGCCACGGGAAUGUUUUGACAGAUGCUAUGCUUGAUGCAGUUCUUAAAGCUCUAACUAAUGUUGGUAAAUUUGGUGAGUGCAAUAAGGUUUUAAGAGAAAUGAAGGUAGCUGGCUUUGUAGCUAGUGGUAAUUUGCAGAGAAAGAUUGCAUUUGGGCUUACUAGUGCUGGUAAGAAUGAUGAAGCAAAUGAAUUUGUGAAUCAUAUGGAAUCAUCUGGUAGAGAUUUGAGUUACAAGGCUUGGGCAUCUUUAAUUGAAGGGCAUUGUGUAUCUGGGGAUCUUGAAAAAGCAUCUGACUGUUUCAAAAUAAUGGUUGAGAAAAAGGGAGUUUCUGGUGCUGGUUAUGCCAUUGAGUUGUUGGUAAAUGCAUAUUGCCGCAAGAACAGAGCGAUGGAUGCAUGCAAUCUUUUGCGUGAUUAUGUCUGUCAAAAUCAUUUAUGCCCUUGGCAGACUACAUACAAAGUAUUGAUAAGUAAAUUACUGGUUCAGGGUGCCUUUAAGGAUGCCUUAAACCUGUUGGGUUUGAUGCAAAGCCAUGGCAUUCCACCCUUUAUAGAUCCAUUUUUUGAGUUCGUAUCAAAGUCUGGAACAGGUGAUGAUGCCAUUGCUUUUAUGAAUGCUAUGACCACUAAGAAGUUUCCAUCUAUAACUGUUGCUCUUCGAAUGUUUAAAGCCUUUUUCAAGGCCAAAAGGCAUGGCGAAGCACAAGAUUUCUUGUCUAAAUGCCCAAUUUACAUUCGGAACCGUGCUGAUGUUUUGAAUCUCUUCUGUUCCAAGAAGUUUAGUAACGAUACUACCGCUACAGAUGUAUCUGUGUAGGCUUUUGUUGGAGUAUAUGACGUAGAGUAUUCUGUGAUGUCAAUGCAGAAUGUCAUUGUUUCACAAAUUUUGAACCCUAUGGGUAAGCAACUGUCCAGUUUCUUACUGAUAGUGUGCUAGUUCCCCUCGCCCCCUUUCUGAAUGCUCUCCAGAGAUGUUCACCUGUUUGUGCUGAUCUUCCAUUAUUACUGUUGCUCGCAUUGAAAGGAUCAAUUCCUAUCCGGUCUAAGCUAUUUCACCAUUACUCAUUGUAACCUGUCACUCUUCAUCACUCCUUAGUUCCCUUUUCCUGUGAUCCGUGUAUCAUGUUAGCUGUGGAGAACUAGUGCCUUCCAAUUGUAUUUUCUUUGUUUCACAGAAUAUAAGUUGCACUUAAUGGUAGGAAAGAUUGGUUUCUCCAGUUCUACCUGCCGCCAUUGCAGCUUAGAAUUUAUGUUGUGUGCAGUUUAUGCGAAGGUUGGAUAUGACUUUACAAUAUCCUUUAGCUUUGUAUCCUAAACUAUUCAAGUAACUAGUCCAUGUCAUAACACUUGUAUUCCUGAGGGAUUUAGUUCUAGGGUUGACAUAAUGGCAUUGACAUUGCACUGUGUUUCCCAAGUAAAUUUUAUAUGAUUUCUUUCUCUAGUCAGUCAAGAAUGUGUUUCCCAAGCCCUAACGAAAUUAAUUCCGAAAUCAAAUAUGUAUGAAAAUGUCAGGCAAGUCAAGAAUGUGUUGCCGUCCUAGACAAAGCUAGGAGAUGAAUUUUCACCCUGCUGUGAUUUAGCUGUAACAGACUGACAGAAUAGAGAAAUUCUAUCUGGGAUUGGUGUCAGGAAAAAUACUGCUUGUUCUGCUUCUUACAGGACAAAUCAAUCGAAAUAUAAUGCCCAAGGUCGCAUAUGUCUUUGGAACAAGAAGAGGUUUUAGAUGGUGAUGUAAUGCAAGGCUCAGAAUUUGAACCUGAAAUGGCACAUUUUCUCAUAGCAGGAUCAUGGACGCUAGAUACUUGCAAACUUGAUUACGGGAGCUGAGUCGGUAUCUUGAAAAUUAAUGUUCCAAAGCCACAGCAUAAAGAUAGGAGAAGGGUUAGCACUUAGCACGAAGCUGUGAUGAAGUCUAUAUAAAUGCUACUUCUGACUUGCCUCCUAUGCUCAUUUUUACCCAUUAUAUGCGUUGCAAACGCAGAAACUAUUCUACAAUCAAAGUUCUUGUAUCUUGCAAGUCUGCUUAUGUUGUGGAUCUCUGUCAUUGUGUUUCAACUUUCCAUCUUAUACUUCACUGUGAGAUCCAUCCAAAUGUUUCUAGUAGAUUGAGAAAGGUUCCAGAACAUCAAGUUAAAAUCAGUAACCGAAAUAUUUGCUGAGUAGAUUUUCAUUACAUAUAUCCUUGAUUUAUGUUUGUACAAAAACCAAAGAAUCAUCUAAUAUUUGCUUUUAUAUUGAUUAA